AUAAUUAUAUUCUUUCAGAGACGGCCAGGGGACGGCAGAGGAUUUUCGUUCGAUAAUCGAAUCACGGGACUGCGGGCGUCUUUCUCUGAUCAUGGGGAUGUAAAUGGUGCUGUCCAAGGAGGAGGAGGUUGUUUCUCUGAUAUUUUUGGUCGCUGCCAAUCUCUGGGGUUGACGAGAACUAAAGUUACAACAGCUUCAAUGAUGACAGCUGACGGGGAAAAAGACUGUACGCAUUGUUUGAUAUGCAACAGCAAAGUUGGAGUAUCAACAAGAAACAGCGUACGAAUAUUUGGAUCAACUUCGGUCGGGUCUACGGAGAAGCCUUUAGUGAAUACGAUAUGUUCUGUACUCGAUGUAGAAUUAACCGAAGACACCGCGCAUUCUCUUGUUAUGUGUAAAAAGUGCUUCAAGUUAUUUAACGAGAUUGAUGAACUAGAAGGCAGACUAGCUGAAGUAAAGUUGGAAAUAUUUACCAAUUACAAGAGAACAAUUGGGAAAGUGUCAAACAUAAUUUAUCCAGAGGAAGAAGAUUAUAACGACCACGAUUACCUUGAGAAUCCUGAAACACAGAGCUCUGAGUCACCAGACAAGACCAAAGUCAACCAGAAAUUGAAGAAGAAAGACGUUAAGAAAAUUGUCGACAAUGACGACACGAUUAAAAACGAUGAGACAUCCAAAGAUGAACUGGGGGAUUUUGGAAGUGAGGAUUUGGCGACCGAUCAAGGUAGCGAGGUUGACCCUAUAGCUAUAAAGACUGAAAGUGAGGAGAACAGUGAGAAUACAGAAGGACGAAAAGCCAGUUCGAAAAAAGGCAAAACCAUCAACAAGUCUUCAGAGUCCGUUCAAGAGCCGAUGGUGGUAAGAGUCGGCAGUGUUUACACGUGUUUACUGUGCACAAAUGACGACGAACGAGGGACUGGUGACGCAAAAUCAAUCAUGACGCAUUUGAAAAAUGCACACGACGCGCGAUUGUACAUCUGCGACAUAUGCAGCAUGGAAUUUCGGAAAAGGAACGAGCUUUCCGUUCACCUUGACGAUCAUGUAGCAAACGAGGAAGGAGACUUUCAGUGCGAAGUCUGCAAUAGAAUAUUCAGCAAUUUACGACUCUUCAGGAUACACAAACGAAUUCAUUAUCCUCAAUCUAAAUCUUGGCCAUGUGAAACAUGCGGAAAAAGAUACAGUUCGAGAAAUUUACUCGAGGAGCACAUCAACACUCACACUGGAGUUCGCCCUUAUGUAUGUGAAACUUGCGGCAAAGAUUUUGCCUCAAAAUACACUUACAAGGCGCACGUAAAGACCCAUGAAGUACGGCCAAGGCCUUUCGAGUGCAGUCAGUGUAGCAAGUCAUUUUUGAGCCAGCAGAACCUCACUCAACACGAACGAACGCAUAACGGAGUAAAGGAGUACGUCUGUCAUCAAUGCGGAAAAGCGUUCGGCUCACCGCAUAAUCUUGAGGUUCACAACAUAGUUCACACUGGUUAUAAGCCGUACACAUGUAGAAUAUGUAAUAAAGCCUUUGCUCGCAAGGCGGAGAUAAGGGAUCACGAGAGAACUCAUACCGGGGAAAAACCGUACCAGUGUGAAUUUUGUGGAGCAACGUUUAGUCAAAGGUCGAAUCUGCAGUCUCACAAACGCGCAACACAUUACAAUGACAAAAGAUACAAGUGUAACGAUUGUGGGAAAGGAUUUAAGCGGCGUAGGCUUUUGGAUUAUCAUAUCAAAGCAGCUCACACGGGUGAAAGACCAUUCAAAUGCCCAACUUGUACAGCGACGUUCGUUUAUCCUGAACAUUUUAAGAAGCAUAUGCGGAUCCAUACCGGUGAAAAACCCUAUCUCUGUGAAGUAUGUGGAAAAGCCUUUAACAGUAGGGACAACAGAAAUGCGCACCGAUUUAUACACAGCGAUAAAAAACCGUACGAAUGUUUAGUGUGUGGGAUGGGAUUCAUGAGAAAACCUUUGCUUUACACCCACAUGCAGACACAGGGGCAUUUAAACGAUACGAUUGUCGUGAAUCAACCGCGAUUAACAACAGACGACGACCAAGUUAUUACUUUACCCGAUGCUGAUGUGGAACUAUUGAUGGAAGGCGAUGACAAUGAACAGGAGACAGAAUUGUAUAUAACUGAAUUGAAAGAUCACGUGAUCAUACAAGACGGUGCUCAGAUAUACCAGGAAGAAAAUGUUUUGAGCAUUCCAUCGGAAGAGAAUAUUACCGAAGAGGCAGUUGAGCAUCUCGUCGUUGACGGGCAGAUUGAUUUUGCUGAAAGUGACGUAAUGGGAUGCAAAACCGAGGCAGCCGAACAUAUCGAGGAAGUUUACAGUUACAACGACGGCGAAGACGGCUCUACCAUAGUUGUACCCACCACUUCGGAGUACGAGGAGAUAGCGGAGGAUAAUAAAAAUUCCGUACGGUUGGUGCACAUCAGAAUCCCGGCUUCAGCGGCCGAUGAUGGUCGGAAUUGGUUAAACCUAGUACAAAACACAUGAAGAAUGUAAAUUAACUUUUAUAGUGCGGCGGCGAAUUAAAAUUGAAAAUUCAGUAAACUGAUAUAAACUUUUGAAACAAAGAUAAUAUGCCACUAUCCAAAUAUAUCGCUUGAAAUAAUA